AUGCGCGAGUUUAUGCACUAUGUCACCAAUGCCUUUUACGGGGCGACUGAGCUCAUCGACUUCCCCCUCCCUCGGGGGCUCCGUCUGACCCUGUCAUCCCUCGCAACCCCCCACUUUGCGACCAGCUACCAACUUGGCAGUGUCGGCAUCGUUGAUGGCUCCAUUUCGUACCUCCACAGCUCGGUCCCCUUGACCGGCAUCGCCGCCCGAUCGGACCGAAUACCGCUACCGGCGCUCCUGCGAUCCUACCGCCGACUGCACGAUCUCGGCUCGAAAGACCAACAACAGUACGUGGGGGCGGAACAUGCGCCGACGGAGUCAACGCCCCCGGCCGUCGCCAAAGUUGACGGGAGUUCCCUCCUGUACGGCCGCCUAUACUUGCCGCAGUCGCUGCUCGAGGGGAUGGUUGUCCGGCGCUUCACUCCAGCUCUGCAGGUUCAGCUUUCGGCUGUCAGCGAGCGUUCACUGAGAAAUGGCGGCACCUUGCUCGGGCUGGUUCAGUAUGACAAGAGGAAAUACGGUGUUGAGGGCCUCGCCUCGACCGACGGUGGACUCCUCGGUGUUCGGGGUCUGUAUAAUUUUGGGGGUGAUGCGUCUUCCUCGGCUAUGAACCCGCCCUCCGGUACAUCGGCUUCCGAGACUAAUGGAAGUGGCCCUUCGGUGGAGAAAGAGAGGAUUUAUGGCCGUUUCAGUGCGGGCGCCGAAUUGUAUUAUGGGACCCUGAACAAAUCCGGAGGCAUGUCGCUGGGCGCGCGCUUUGCUACCCUGCCAGCACACCGAGGGACGCCGCUGACGGCAACGUUGACCAUCAAUCCCCUAAUGGGGAACAUCAAUGCUACUUACGCCGUACUCGCAAGGGAGUACUCUGAGCCCGCACCGGAGCCACCCAGAAAGAGCAACGAGAGGAGUUUCCAGGCAAAGAUGGAAUGGCGGCUGGACGACCCUGAACCAGAGCCCCAGAGCCCCGUGGCCGGCGAGAAAUCUGCAGAUGACGGACCCAAGGAGGAGUACAAGGGGGUUCUGAAGGCGCGGUUCGACCAGAAUUUCCGGUUCGGCCUGCUUUGGGAGGGUCGAGUCAAGUCGCUUAUUUUUAGCCUUGGCACUGGGAGGUCUGACUGA